AGCUAGGUGGUCUCUGUAAAAUAUUCUUUACCGUCCUUCUGGAUACUUAUAUUUAACUUUUAUUUGUUUAAAUUAUACAUGAAAUGCAAGGCAUCUACGAACCCAGUUCAUCUACAUUGUAUUAAUGCAAGAUAAAGGAACCUUUAUCUACUGACAAGUUUUGCAAUCCAAAAGCAGUCUUUGGGGUGUGUUAGCCUUGUGUUGCAGGAAUUUUUUUUCCAUGAAUUAGUAUGCUUAUGUACUUUGAAAUCUCGGUGCCUUCUAAUCACUUAUAAAAAGUGUUGUAAUACUAAAACCAGACCUUAUGAUCUGCUAAUCUCAUGUUAGCACCUUUUUUCUUGAUUCUGUCUGAAGUGUUAGUGUGCUUAUGUUCUUUUUACAGUCCUUGCCCUGAAAUUAUUUCCAAUAUAAAGUUGCUGUUCUAGAAGUUAUCACCAUAGCUAACAGCAUGAUUUAACAGUGCUUGUGAGUUUUUUAUAGUCCUUGCCCUGAAAUUAUUUCCAGUAUAAAGUUGCUGUUGUAGAACCUAGCACCAUAGCUAACAGCAUGAUUUAACAGUGCUUGUGUGCCUUUUAUAGUCGUUGCCCUGAAAUAAAUUCCAGUAUAAAGUUGCUGUUGUAGAAGCUAGCACCAUAACUAACAGUAUAGUUGUGUAAGGAUGGAGAAGGAAUUGACACAGGAAAAAAUGAUGGAAGAAGGCAUGGCUCUUAAAGAAGUUGAUGAGAAAGAUGAAAAGCGGAUGAUUACACAGAAAGUAGAAGAAGCAGUACAAGAUGGCGGGCAGCCUGUGCAGAUGAAGACCAAGCGAGUGGCUACUUUGGAUGUGUUUAGAGGCCUUACUAUUGCGAUAAUGAUUCUAGUGGACGAUGCAGGAGGUGCAUACGAACGUAUAGACCAUGCUCCUUGGAAUGGUUGUAAUUUGGCAGAUUUUGUCAUGCCCUUUUUUCUCUUCAUUGUAGGAGUUGCUAUAGCACUUGCUCUCAAGAAAAUACCCAACGGAGGAGCUGCAGUAAAGAAGGUUAUUGUGAGAACUUUGAAACUUCUCUUUUGGGGAUUAGUAUUGCAAGGAGGAUACUCUCAUGCUCCUGAUGAUCUCUCAUAUGGAGUAGAUAUGAAACAGAUUCGUUGGUGCGGUAUUCUGCAGCGCAUAGCAUUGGCUUAUUUGGUGGUGGCUCUAAUAGAGAUAGCAACUACAAAAGCAAGACCUGUAGAUCUACCACCAGGACGUUUUUCUAUAUUCAAAUACUACGGUUGGCAAUGGUUUGCUGGCCUAUGCGUUUUCAUAGUCUAUUUUUCCACAUUAUAUGGACUUUAUGUUCCUGAUUGGCACUAUGUGUUACACGAGAAACAUUCUCCUCAAAAUGGAAAGUUUACAGUAAAAUGUGGUAUGAGAGGCCAUUUGGGUCCUGCUUGCAAUGCUGUGGGUUAUGUCGAUAGGCAAGUUUGGGGUAUAAAUCAUUUGUAUGACGGACCAGUCUGGAGAAGAGCUAAGGCUUGUACAGCUAGCUCCCCUGAAGACGGACCCCUUCGUGAGGAUGCUCCAGAGUGGUGCCUUGCACCCUUCGAACCAGAAGGACUCUUGAGUUCUAUAUCAGCCAUUUUGAGUGCAGUCAUUGGCAUCCAUUACGGACACGUGCUGAUUCAUUUCAAGGAACAUGCUACGAGGCUAAAGCAUUGGCUUUCAAUGGGAUUUGGACUGUUAAUUAUUGGGAUUAUCCUUCAUUUUAUAGAUGCUAUUCCAUUAAAUAAACAAUUAUACAGUUUCAGCUAUGUUUGCUUCACAGCAGGGGCAGGAGGAAUUGUAUUCUCAGCUUUCUAUAUUUUGAUUGAUAUUUGGGGAUUCAGAAUGCCGUUUCUAUUUCUGGAAUGGAUGGGGAUGAACGCCAUGCUCAUCUUUGUCCUCGCAGCACAAGGCAUAUUCGCGGCCUUUAUAAAUGGCUGGUAUUACGACGGCACUAAUAAUACUCUUGUGUACUGGAUCCAAAAGCACAUAUUUUUCAAUGUAUGGCAUUCGCAGAGAUUGGGGAUGCUUCUAUAUGUUAUCUUUGCAGAGAUUCUGUUUUGGGGUAUCGUGGCAGGCAUUUGUCACAAACUGGGGAUUUACUGGAAGCUCUAAGUUAUUUUUCUUAUACUUUGUCUUUGGUCUGUAUAAUUUGUCCAUGUCCUUGAGAUUUUACUAUGUUCCCAUUUUGUAAUUCUAUGAACUGAUCUCUUAUAUUGAAAAGAUUUCAUUCUGAAAAGUUGAAUUCACUGCGUCUCUUCCCCGUGAAAUUUGGUAAUGAUAACUAGGUGAAGUUAGCCUUAUGGCUGAUAUCUCACAAAAGUGUGAUUGUGCAAAGAAAAUCAAUAAAAAUCCUGAGUGCAAGGAAAUAUAUAUGUGGAAU